UUUACGUGUGUUUCAUUGGAAGGAACACAAUUCACUGUACUAAUGGGAGCUGAUUAUAUCGUCACAUUGGUCUUACUAUGCUUUUUGUUCAAUCCUUGCUACCUCACCUUAGUUGAAUCAGUAGGCGUGGAUGGCCAUCUACAGAUGAAUCAGAAGAACAACACCCUUUUAAGACCUAAACCGUUUUGGUUUCCUUGGAGAGCUAAUUUCAUGGAUGAAGGCAGCAACAUUAUUUCUCAUUAUGCAAUGUGGCACACUGAGCCAGGACAAUUCUAUGGCCUUCGAGCUGAAAUGAGUAUAUGGGCUUCACCAAAUCUAGAAACCUCUCAAGAAUCUGGAGCAUCCUUACAAAUUUAUUGUCAAGAUGGAGGACACUACAACUUAAUUCAAGUUGGAUUCCAUAUUUCCCCCUCUUUGUACCAUAACAGAGAUAUUCGCUUCUUUACAUAUUGGACUAAAGACUUGAAAUCCAAGGGGUGCUACAACUCACAAUGCACGGGAUAUGUACCUGCAAGUGGAGCGAAGCUGGUGCCUGGACAAGCCAUUGCUCCUCCAUCAGUUUAUGGCAUACAAGAUCACUACAUGAGGAUUAGCAUCAACAAGGAUCCAAAUUCUGGAGAUUGGGUGGUAUACCAUCAUGAUUUAGAAAAACCAUCAUUCUUGGGACAUUUUCCAAAGGAGCUUUGCCUUGGAACAAAACGUAUACAAGCAAUGACCGGAUUUGUGAAUUACUUGAAGAAUGCACAUGGUCCUCCAAUGGGUAGUGGCCACUUCCCUGAUUAUAAUGAGAAGAAAUCUGCCUACUUCAACCACAUUAAGAACUACAACUCCAAGGGUCAAGCUUUUGACCCCUUUUGGACUAAGGCGGCCAAGUUAGUUGAUAGGCCAGAUUGUUAUGAUGCAAAUGAUUUAUUUCUUGAAUUUAAGAAGGGUUAUACAUUCAAUUAUGGUGGACCAAGUGGUUGUAUUGGUUGACAACAAAGUUGUGUUUCCAUUUGUAUUGAAUAAAUAAAAAUGUGUUACUUCAUG